AUGAUUGGGUUUAUAUAUAUGCUUCAAAGAUAUAGCAAUGAUAUCGUGAAAAAGGUAGCUGCAAAUAUUAAACGCUCUCGAGCUUCUGUGUCAAGGCAAAUCAUGCAAGAUUAUUUUAAUAGUUUACGCCUCACUCUGGAUGGUAUUCCACCAUCAAACGUGUUCAAUUACGAUGAAACCAAUCUACAAGAUGAUCCAGGAAAGAAAAAAAUGUUAUUCAAACGCGGUACCAAAUAUCCCGAGAGAGUAUGUAACUUCACUAAAAGUGCUACCACUAUUAUGAUGUGUGGGUCCGCAUCAGGUGUUUUACUGCCACCAUAUAUAUAUAUAUAUAUAUAUAUAUAUAUUUGUGUACUUGUGGCUCACCCGGGAAGGUUCCGGAUUUUUCAAUCCAACCGAGAGUCGGGCCCGUGCUAUUAUUAUGGCGCGGAGGCUAAUUUCCGGAUUGAACGCUCUCACCGCGACCCCCAAGAACAGUGGCGCGAGACUGACCAAGGCGCCGGUCCUACUAACAACGGGCCAGAUCUACCCCUGGCCCAACCCGCAUCCAGCAAACGCGGGAGUGAGGACAAGGGAAGGACAGACAAAUCAAAGGCGAAGCCCGUCAGCGGCGCCAAGGCAUGCAAUACUGGCGCCAUGUCCUCCCCGAACUACUAUUGCACGACGUGUGACACUGCUUUUACGUCGGCAGUGCAGCUACGAACGCACACGAUGGCGAGAGCAUGCGAAGACAGGCUCCAAUGUAAACACUGUCCAAUGAGAUUUGGCAGUUUCAAGUCCACCCGACAGCACGAGCGGAGGGCACACCCGGUGGAAUAUGCCGGUGGGAUCGAGACGAUGCGCGGUCCUCUGCCAGAACCAGAGAUCUUACAGAUCAUGGCGAGGAUCGAAGCCCGUGAACCAGCCGGGAGAGUAAAUAAGAGUGUGGCUGGAGCCACAGGUCUCACUGUCGAUCAGGUGCGGUUCAGGAGGAGGAAGCCCGAGUAUCAGAGAUAUCUUGAACUCGCCCGGAAGCAACUCCGGGCCUCUGGUACUCGGAUUUUACCAUCAAAAUCUUCUUUCCCUACCGCAUCUACAAGCAAAUCCUUCGCGGUCUGCCAGACGCCCGUACUCGAAGGAAAGGGUACUUCAAAACAACCAACCUCCUGCGAAAACGAGCCUCUUUCGCAGGACAUCGAGUCUCCUUUGCUUCCGAUGGUAUCGGCAAGGCAGAAGCGGAUGAGGGAGAGUUGCUGA